CGGGCAGGUAUGACGGUCAGCUCUCGGACCUGUUCGCGCCUCGGGUUCCAGGAGGAGAUUUUUAACUUGAAAACAAAAGUUGAUUCCAAGAUACAGGUUGACCUGCUGAACAUUUUCAGAGUUUAUUCAUUUUGUAGCAGAUACCUUACUGUUACUUGCUUGCAGGCGUUGCUCCCAAGCCUGAGUCGAGAGACAAGUUCUCUGUUAGAAAGGUGGGUCUGCAGUGGAAAAACUGAAACCCAAAUCGUCACAACCUGAACAUUAUCCGAUUUUGAACAUGGAAGGUAAAAGCACUGCUCACAGUGUAGAGAAACCGUACACAUGUCCUGUGUGUGGACGAGGCUUCAGCCAGUCAUCUGGCCUGUCAAAACAUAAGCGCAGCCACACUGGGGAGAAACGCUGGAAAUGUGGAGACUGUGAGAAGGGAUUCAAUUAUCCAUUUGAAUUGGAAAUCCAUCGGCGCAGUCAUACCGGAGAGAGACCGUUCACCUGCCCUGAAUGUGGGAAGGGUUUCACUCAGUCAUCAAUCCUGCUGAAGCACCAGCGUGUUCACACCGGGGAGAGACCUUUCAAAUGCCAAGACUGUGGGAAAUGCUAUAAAAGUUCUUGGGAACUGACGUCCCAUCAACUUGUUCACACUGAUGAGAGACCAUUUACAUGCUCUUGUUGUGGGACUGGGUUCAGGCGAUCAUCCGAGCUCACUGCCCACCAGCGAAUUCACACUGGAGAGAGGCCGUUCACCUGCUUUGAGUGUGGAAAGAGAUUCACUCAAUCGUCCACCCUGCUGACCCACCAGCGCACUCACAAUGGGGAGAAACCAUUCACCUGCACUCAGUGUGGGAAGGGCUUCACUAAUUCAUCCAACCUCCUGACACACCGCCGAGUACAUAGUGGGGAGAGAGCAUUUACCUGCUCUAAGUGUGGAAAGAGUUUCAUUGAUUCAUCCACAUUGCUGAGACACCAGCGAGUUCACAAGUCACUACAGUGAUGGGAUUUUGCUGCUACUCAAACCCAGGACUGAACCAUGUUCAUUGGAGUCUGUCUCAGUUGAUGUAUUGACAGCUAUAUUAUUGGUGUUAAUAUUCUGGAUAAAAGUCAAAUCAGCUUUGUCA